AUGGACGAAAAGAGUUCGAUGGCUGAGCAAUCGGCACCGGGCGUGACGCCCAGGUCGCCCUCUACGGCAAGCACCGUGACCUCGCAUCACCAACACCAGCAACUGGAAGAUCGCUCCGCGCCUCACUCUGACUUCGACCCGGAAAAGCACGAGCAUCUGCGCACCUUGACGGACUCGGAGGAUGACGCCUCCUCCACGUCGGAAUCCCGCAGGGGUCGCAGCGAGCCGCUCUCGCGCGCUGCCACCACCAAGUCGGCCAAGUCCACAGCGGCUGAUCCCCUGUCCCGGACCGUCUCUGAGGUCAGGGACGGCAUCCCUAACCAGCGGGACCUCGAGCUCGGGGGUGACGGCGACGGCAAGGACGGGGAGAAGGUGACAGCUGAGGCGCAGGCCGCCGCCGCCACCGACGAUGACCCCAACCUCGUGCGGUGGGCCGGGCCCGACGACCCGGACAACCCCAAGAACUGGCCCAUGAAGCGCAAGUGGGCGGCCGUGCUGUGCGUCUCCUUCUUCACGCUCAUCUCGCCCGUGGCGUCGUCCAUGGUGGCGCCCGCGCUCAAUGCCAUCGGCGACGACCUGGCCAUCGAGGGGGGGCUCGAGCGCGCCCUCGUGCUGUCCAUCUUCGUGGCCGCCUACGCCCUCGGUCCGCUCCUCUGGGGCCCCCUGUCGGAACUGUACGGGCGCACCAUCAUCCUGCAGUCUUCCAACCUCGUCUUCCUCCUCUUCAACCUGGGCUGCGGCCUUGCCCGCACCGAGGGCCAGAUGAUCGCCUUCCGCUUCCUCGCUGGCAUCGGCGGCUCGGCGCCCCUGGCCAUCGGCGGCGGCCUCCUCAGCGAUCUCUUCAACCCGGAGCAGCGCGGCAAGGCCAUGAGCGUCUACUCGCUCAUGCCGCUGCUGGGCCCGGCCAUCGGCCCCAUUGCCGGCGGCUGGAUCGCCGAGCGCACCAGCUGGCGCUGGGUCUUCUACAGCACCACCAUCGCCUGCGGCGUCAUCCAGACCGCGGGCCUCUUCUUCCUCCAGGAGACGUACGCGCCCGUCCUGCUGCAGCGCCGUCGCGCGCGCCUCGCCCGCCAGACGGGCAACGCGGAGCUGCGCACCGAGUUCGACCGCCCGGACCGGACCCUCGCGCAGACACUCGGCAUCGCCCUCACGCGGCCCUUCCGCCUGCUCGUCACGCAGCCCAUCGUCCAGGUCAUGUCCCUGUACAUGAUGUACCUGUACGGCAUGAUCUACCUCGUGCUGUCCACCUUCCCGACCCUCUGGACCGAGACGUACCACGAGUCGGUCGGCAUCGGCGGCCUCAACUACCUGUCGCUGGGCAUCGGCUUCUUCAUCGGCACGCAGGUGUGCGCCCCGCUGCAGGACCGCAUCUACGCCGCCCUCAAGCGGCACUACGUCCCCGCGGGCGGGCCGGGCCGCCCCGAGUUCCGCGUCCCCAUGAUGAUCCCCGGCGGGCUGCUCGUGCCCGUUGGCCUGCUCGUCUACUCGUGGACCGCCGACGCCGCCACGCACUGGAUCUGGCCCAACGUCGGCGCCGCCAUCUACGCCGCGGGAACCAUCAUAAGCUUCCAGUGCGUCCAGGGCUACAUGGUCGACUCGUACGCCCGCUACGCCGCCAGCGCCGUCGGCGCCAUGACGGUCCUGCGCAGUCUCGCGGGCUUCGGCUUCCCCCUCUUUGCGCCCUACAUGUACGCCGCCCUGGGGCUCGGCAAGGGCGGCACCGUCCUCGCCGCCUGUGCCGUCGGCAUCGGCUGGCCGAGCCCCAUCCUGCUGUGGGUGUAUGGCGCCCGGCUGCGGGCCAAGAGCAAGUUUAGCAGCUGA